AUGGGGCUGCAGGUGCUUCCUGGGGACAUGGGCAGCCAGGGGAAAGCACUGGCCUCUGGCUGGGUCAGAGCAGAGAAGGGCUCCCAGUUUAGUCAGCUGCCCCAUUUCCAGUUCAAGGAGAUGAUGAAGAGGCGCAAGCGCCAGCAGGAAAGGCUGGGCCCGGGAACAUACAACAUCAGGGACUUUCUGCAGGAGACACGGCCCUCCAGCCUCCGGGGGAUCUGCGAUACGAGGGAGCGGCGGUUCAGAGAUGCCCACAAGGACUGUUUCCCUGGCCCUGGCACGUACGGCCCCCAGGGGAACCCCUACACCCUCCUUGAGGAGAGGGACAAGCGCUCCGCCAGCACACGAGGGCUCAUGGACAGUGGAAUGCCGCAGCGUGCCCUGCCAGCAGCCGUGGGCAGCGGCCUGGGACCUGGCACCUACGACCUGCCCAGCAGCAUCAACAAGGGGCUGCGGCGGGCGGCCGGCCCCGGCCCCUGCCAGCUCUUCUUGGGGGACAGGUCGAAGCCCACUGGUGGUGGCCGUCACACCUUGGAGCAGAGGAGCAGCACCGAGCUGAGCACUAGCGCUGUCAAGGGUUUCCUGGACGAGCUGACAUUGAAGGAGAAUAAGAAGAAAGGCUGCUUCAGCACCCUGCCGAGGAACCCAGGCUGCCCCACAGAGAGGAUCUUCUGGGCCACGCUCAGCCAGUGCCCAAGGGAGGCGUAUGCAGCAGGGCCAGGCUCCUACAACCCAAAGCCUGUUGAGAGAGCAGCAUACUCCAACCAGCCGCCAUUCUGGUCAUCUGCCAAGAGAUUCGACAGAAAGUCCUACCGCCUAUUCACCGGGAGCGAGCGGCAUCAGCAGCAUGUUGCAGAGCCAGUGCAGAAUCCUGUAGGUGUGGGUCGCUACGACAUCACCAAGCAUGAAAAAUACCCUCAGAAGACGAGAUACCAGUCCCUGUACCAGUGUGAUGCACAGCGGUACCUGAGCAACUUGAAGAGGGAUGCCUACUUGCUCGAGCGGCUCAAGCCCAUUGCUGAAAAUAACUGGAGUGAUCUGAUUUCUGCUCCACGUUGUCCAGACAUCUCUGAAGAAAUCACUGCUGUUUUCCAAACAUAA